UACAACAUUGGCAAUAAUAUAAUGUGGAGUGCGCGCAAUUGAAAUUGUGGAAAAUAAAAACAAAAAUUAUUUGGUUGUGUUGCAAUAUUUAAAAGUAGAGUCGAAAACAAAGAGAAAAUUAAGAAAAAAAAACAAUUUUAGCCAACAAACAAAACUCACUUGCGAAACAACGGUAAUAAAGUCACACUACUCAAUUAGUGUUUAUGUCAACAAAACGGCAGUUCAGAAAUUAUAUACGAAUAUUUCAUUACACUCUUUUGCUAGUGCACUGCAAUUUGAUGCUCUGUUCGCAGUGGCAGUAGAGCAUACACGUCGACGUAGGUGAUAAGCGAAAAUGUUGAACGCUUUCAGCACUGUUGCACCAUAUUUGAAAUUCAAUCCGAAAUAUGUGAUAGUGGAUAAUUUCGUAUUUAAAUUGCAUUACCGUUGGACAUUCAUACUUUUGUUGACCGCCACCAUUUUGGUGUCGAUGCGUCAAUAUUUCGGUGAGCAUAUCAAAUGCAUAUCGGACACGAUACCGGCGCAUGUGAUAAAUACAUAUUGUUUCUUCACCCCCACCUUCACGCUGGUGCGUCAUCUGAACAACAGCGCCUUAGAAAAGGGUAUCAUUUUUCAACCCGGCAUUGGACCGGAGCAGGGUCAACAUGAAGAAAUCAAGCGUCAUGCUUAUUAUCAGUGGGUACCAUUUGUGCUCUUCGGUCAGGCAUUGCUCUUCCAUUUGCCGCACUUCUUGUGGAAAAGUAUUGAAGGUGGCCGCAUUAAGGCACUCGUCUUCGGCUUACGUAUGGUCGGCCUCUCACAGUAUUUGAAAGAUCAAAGUCUGAAAAUCGGUAAACUAAAUAUACCAUCCAUGGAGGAGGCCGAAUCGCGUGUGAAGAAUAUACGACGCGCCAUGAUUGAUCGUAUGCGCGUCAAUCAGUCGUGGGGCGCACAUCUCGCAUUCACAGAGUUGCUCAACUUACUAAACAUAAUUUUACAAAUCUAUUUGACAAAUCGUUUUCUGAGUGGCGCCUUCUACAGUUUGGGCGUCAAAGUGAUACAAGAGCGUUGGACGAAUGAAAUGGAUGCACUCGAUGUGGUUUUUCCGAAAAUUACCAAAUGCCAUUUCCGCAAAUUCGGUCCGAGCGGCUCGCUGCAAAUGCACGACACACUCUGUGUGAUGGCGUUAAAUAUAAUUAACGAGAAGAUUUAUGCCAUUCUGUGGUUUUGGUAUGCGUUUGUUUUGAUAAUGUCGAUUUUGGGCUUGUUCUGGCGUCUGGCUACAUUUGCUUGCUAUAAAAAUGUACGCUUUACAAAAUUCACUUUCUCGUACUUCGCCAAGCCUGGACGCAUCGAUGAGCACGAAUUGGCUGCGGUUGUUGAGAAGUGUAAUUUCUCGAAUUGGAUGUUUUUAUUCUUUCUACGCAGCAAUAUUUCCGAGUUUCUUUUCAAGCGUGUUAUUUUCCAUUUGGCCAGCGAGUUGCCCGAUCCGGAGAAGGAUAACAGUAUUAAUGCUUUCUUAGAUAGACAACAAUCGGCGGUUGCAGCCGGGCCAAGCGGUGUAGCUCAUGUAGUGAUGCUGGACGAGGUGGAUACUCCGUUAUUGGCUAAUAAGGAUGGCACUAAAAUGGAUUAGAAACCCCAAAUGUUGCUCUUCAUUGAAUAUAGAAUUUAAGUAAACGAUUUUUAGUUAUUUUAAGCAAAUUAUUGUUAUUUUUUACGAAAAAAAUUUAAUUUAUGGAAUUUUAAAUUUGAAAAAAAGUCAAUGAAAUAUUAUUAACCAAAGGAGUGAGUAUCUUUUAUAAUGCGACCUCUCAGAUGAUGGAAUCAGAAAAGUAGAAAAUACUAUUUGUUUUUAUAAUUUCAUCUUUGCAUUUUUGAAACUAACUAAAAACUAAUUUUUAAU